CAAUCGCACAUCAAGUACAUUUCGAGCUCGAAGUCUCGCCACGAGGGUACUCAGAUACGACGAGCGUCCCUUUGCUGAUAGGAAACCAACCCUACGCCGGAUUCCUGGAAUCCCGCAUUGGCUGCAAGUGCAAAGCUCGACCGAGGCCGGGCCCCCUUACUUGCAACCCAUCCCGCCAGUCGCACCAUGGCCAACUCUAUAGCCACGUUUACGCUGUUUUCGUCUCUACCGAAAGAGCUGCGGCUCCAGAUAUGGGCGCUGGCUCUGGAACCAUGCGUUAUUACCUUGCAUCGCAAUACUGAUCGAAAUAGAGGACGGUAUUACUUCCCAUUCAAUGCAGUUACUAUCAAGAUACCCUUGUUUAUGACAUUAACGACCUGCCACCCUUCUCUCGAUGUGAUUCAACGCGUAUGCGCCGAAUCAAAGCUCUUUUGCCGACGACGAUACAUGGAGUUGGGAGUUUGGGACAUCCGAAAGAAUUGUUUAGGCACGCAUUAUGAUCCAAACCGUGAUGUGGUCUACUUCUCUCAUCAUAUCAAUCCUUUGGUUCUGCAGGACUUUGCGGCCCAAUACCCGGUGGAGACAAGUUGCAUGGAGACCAUCGCUCUGCCUGGGAGGAUAUCAUCAACAGUGUUUUCUAGGACUGACGUUCUUGCGACUCUGCAUGUUUUCGAAAAAUUGAAGGAGGUGAUAAUCGUUUUGGGCAAUGUUACUCGGGGCCAUGGCCAUUUUUAUGAGCCGGGUCAGAGAGAGAGUUGGCUUGGAGGUGAUCAAAAGCCAGUUUGGACCCUCCCGGAUGAUGCGGAGAGGGUUCUUGAACGGAUCAAGAGGGAAAAGUGGCCUGAUUGGAAACCCCCGAUUGUCACCGUUGUGGCUUCCCAAGAAGAUAUUUUGAGCAGGAAAGUUAUUGCCCAGAUCUCGGGUAUUGCCAUUGAGUCUCUCCCGAGCCGUUAAACCUAGAUCUGUGCCUGGAGCCUUGGUGGAGCAUAGAUGGGCGGCAUACCUUGCUUAUUUAUCGAGAUUGAGCCAUUUUCUUGAUAUGCCUGGUGCUUUGAUAACUUUUAGCAAGUACUUUUCGCAGUCUCUGUAAGGGAAAUAUGGCUGCAGGAGGAACAAGGGAAGAGAACGGUUCGUUGGUGUUGAGGGAGAAUAUAAUUCAUCUGAUCAGCGGCCAGCACCAUCCCGGGAUUGAAUACUAUUAAUAGCGCCAUCGUACCCCGUACUCCAUGCUCCGCAUCCCGCGUCGCCCGCCUUAUCUCUUAAGAUGAUAAGACGGCAACUC